GUCUUGAAACGCAGCAGUACCAGUCUCAGGUAUGGCAUCAACGGCGCUUACCGUAGAUGUGGCAAGGAAGUCCCUCCUUGAGAAGGGAUACUUCGAUUUAAAUGACUCAACGGUGGGCGACCGCGUGUUGGAGAUGGAGAAGCAGGGCUUCCCAUACCUCACCGAAUAUGGUAUGGACUUUUGCAAGCAAUUUGCCUUUGAUGAACGCGUCCGAUCUCUUCUCGAAAACUGCCUUGAACGAUGCAGCCUCGGACACUGGCUGAGAUAUGAAGAAUUUCCCGGCCACGUUGAGUGCUUUAGGAGAGGUGGCCCAAAAGCCGGCCUGCGUGUUUUAGUGGUGCAUCUGUUGGCCAAAGGUUCACGAGUGGAGUACUAUACCUUUUCGCAUCUUCAUGACUUGGUGACUACGAAGGGGAGAAGAUCGUUAUACGAGAUCCCGAAAUCCGAGCUUGAACGUGUCGGCUCUAAGCCGGAGGUGAAGGAUUUCCCAGAUGGAGGCUUAGUAAUCCUAGAUGCCAGGCUUGGCUUCCAGAUCGACCAAGGAUAUGCCAUUACGUUUUUAUUUGCCACGGAUGAAGUCGUCGCUAACUGGGCAAAAAUGAUCCUUCCAUACUCAGAGGGGUUGAGGCACAAAGUCAGGGAACUGGAAAUGCUGAGCACAAAAAUCAGACUUAAUUUCAGGUUUGAGGGUUCUGGAGGCACAGGAGGGUAAUUUUCAUAGUUUAUUGUGUACUGUAUACUGGAGCAUCAGUGUUUGCCGUUAUAUCUACAAUAGCGUCUUCUACCGUCCAUCCGGCUGUCAAUGCUGGGACACUGUUCAUGAUCUGAAGAAUAGGAGCAUCAAAAUCUUGUAGCAAGUCAAGACCUUGGAUUUGCCCUUCUCCUGUGUUGAAGUAAACCCCCUCUGUUGACAUGUGUGGGGAGCUGUUAUUAUUAACCGGUUUGGUAGUCAUGGUCAGCCGUGGUAUAACCAUAGGUGACUGCAUCGAGAUUGGGGGUGCAGAUAGUCCAAUGCAAGUUGGAUCGAGGUGGUUAAGGCUAUCACCUUCAGUUAUGUGGUGGUGGUUCAAAGUCUUUACGCCAGUCCUGUCCAACUGGGGCUGAGCCUCCAAAAACUCCGAGCUUAGAGCUGCCACGUCCCACGUCCGUUUCUCUCCCGCGACAACUACUGACCGACUUUGACUCGUGGCGAGAGCUAGUUGUUUAUCGGAUUGGUCGCGUAAUUCAUCGCAUGUUUUCUUGAUAAAUGCCUGCUUUCUUUCGCCUGCUCCGUCAUGUUUGUCGGCAUGUCUAAUGAACUCGCUCACAGUCCUGAAAAC